AUGCAUCUCCCACAUUCCCUACUUUUUCUCUCAAACCAUCCAAGGUGGACCUUGUCACCGUCCUCUCUCCUAUUUUGCCUCCUCCUCAUCCUAUCACCACACACAGGCUGGACUGCUACCUUCACAAUAGGCCUUGUAGGCCCCUGGACCUGUGACCCAUUUUUCGCCAAAGCCCUCCCUGGGACAGCAGCUCGUCUGGCUCUAUCUCACAUAAAUCAAGAUCCUUCCUUCACCUCUGGACUGUGGUUUGACCACUUGCUUCUUUCCCAAGUAUGUCAUACACCACGUGCUCUUGCAGGAUUUGCUCUUAUGGAACAUUCUGCAUCUGGCUUUGUUGGACCAGCCAACCCUGGAUAUUGUUCUGCUGCAGAUUUAUUGGCAAAGGGAUGGAACAAACCAAUGGUUUCAUGGGCAUGUCCUGGAGUGUUGAGCCCUUUACCAUCUCCAGUACAUGUUCUCUAUGCAGUGCUCAGUUUCUUCCGCUGGGCAGGAGUGGCAGUGGUUAGUGGGCCACAAGAUAUAUGGGCUGAAGCUGGCAAGGAACUGGCCGAGUCCCUUAGUAGCUGGGGACUGCCAGUAGGAUCUGUGAUAACCAUGGAAGAGGGAGUUGAAGGGGCAAAAGAGGCUCUAAGGAGGGUCAGGCGAAGGAGGAAAGUCAGAGUGGUGGUGAUGUGCAUGCCCUCUGUUCUGAUUGGUGGAGAGGACCAGCGUUACCUUCUUGAGGUGGCCCAUGACCUGCGCAUGGCAGAUGGCUCCGUGGUCUUCAUUCCUUAUGACACUCUUCAAUACAGCCUUCCCUAUGACCAACCAUUCCAUGUCUUGAUGAACAACACCAAGCUUCGACGAGCAUAUGAUGCUGUCCUAACUAUUACUGUCACCUCUGAACAUGGGAACUUUUAUAAAUCAUUUCAAGAAGCAAAAGCCAAUCGUGAAGUGCCACAUGAAAUAGACCCAAAUGAGGUAUCCCCUCUUUUUGCAACAAUAUAUAAUUCUAUCUACCUCCUGGCCACAGCAGCGGACAGGUCAUAUAAGUCUGGCCACCGUCUAACAGGUACUUCCAUUGCACGUCAUGCUCAGAACAUAUACAUGGAUGGAUUUGGGCUUCCCUUGUCAACUGAUGAGGAUGGAGAUUCCUUGACACCCUAUGUUAUUCUGGAUACAGAUGGUAGAGGUAGUCGUCUUUCCGUGGUAUAUAAUCUCCAACCAGCUACGGGACAACUACGCUAUGUGAAUGAGAUACAUUUCCCCUAUGGUUACCGACCUGGGACAGACUCUGAUUGCUGGUUUGACAGGAGUUCAAUCUGCACAGGGGGUGUGGAUCCAACAUCUGUACUUCUGGUUGUUAUCCUGCUCUCAAGUUUAGCUCUCACCGGAGCAUCUUUUGCCUGCUAUAUAAGACGUCGGAUCCAACAAGCAAAUCUCAUGAAAGGACCCAACAAAAUUAUCCUUACAACGGAGGAUUUAACCUUCAUCUACACACAGAGCAGGAAGAAAGUUUGUGAUGACAGCAGAUGCAGUAUGUUGGGCCGGAGCGUCAGUGAUAUGAGAACACCACGUCAUUCCCUCUCAGGGAAGAGUGUGUCAGUGGCAACUCCCCAUAACACUAAUGUUGCAGUGUAUGAGGGAGAUUGGGCUUGGCUAAAGAAGUUUCCGGGGGAGAAACAUGGAGAGCUCAGGCCAGCAACAAAGAAUGUCUUCUGCAAGCUCCGGGACCUUCGUCACGAGAAUGUAAACCUUUUUCUGGGACUUUUCCAUGAUAUGGGUGUCCUAGGAGUUGUGUCAGAGCAUUGUUCCCGAGGAAGUCUGGAAGACCUCAUUCAGAAUCAGGACAUGAAGUUGGACUGGAUGUUCAAAUCCUCCCUUCUGCUAGAUCUCAUCAAGGGUUUGAAGUUCCUCCAUCACCGUGAAAUCACACAUGGUCGUCUCAAGUCACGAAACUGUGUUGUAGAUGGAAGAUUUGUCUUGAAAGUGACAGACCAUGGAAUGAAUGAGUUAUACGAGGCUCAGAGACUGAAUCCCCCUGAACCUCAACCUGAGGACCUUUACUGGACAGCUCCAGAACUCCUCCGAGAACCUUCACUAAAUCAGAGGGGCACUUAUAGGGGUGAUGUGUACAGCUUUGCCAUUAUAACACAGGAGGUUAUAAUUCGUGGAGCUCCCUAUUGUAUGCUGGAGUUAACUGCUGAUGAUAUAAUUCGCAAAGUUAGACGACCUCCACCCCUUUGUCGUCCUUCUGUCUCCUUGGACCAAGCCCCUCCUGAGUGUAUUCAGCUAAUGAAACAGUGCUGGAGUGAGCAUCCUGAACGGAGGCCAUCUAUUGAUCAAAUCUUUGACCAGUUUAAAACCAUAAAUCGUGGACGCAAGACAAACAUCAUCGACUCAAUGCUACGGAUGCUUGAACAAUAUUCCAGUAAUCUGGAGGACCUUAUUCGGGAGAGGACAGAGGAGCUAGAGGUGGAGAAGCAAAAGACGGACAAGCUUUUAACUCAGAUGCUUCCAUCAUCAGUAGCGCAGGCAUUGAAGACAGGUGUUCCAGUGGAGCCAGAAUAUUUUGACCAAGUCACUAUAUACUUUAGCGACAUUGUUGGAUUCACUACUAUUUCUUCUCUGAGUGAUCCAAUUGAAGUUGUUGACCUUCUUAAUGACCUCUAUACACUGUUUGAUGCCAUAAUUGGCUCCCAUGAUGUAUACAAGGUGGAAACUAUUGGUGAUGCUUACAUGGUGGCCUCAGGACUCCCUAACAGGAACGGGACUCGUCAUGCUGCGGAGAUAGCAAACAUGUCGCUUGAUAUCCUAAGCUCUAUUGGGUCCUUUAAAAUGAGGCAUAUGCCUGAUGUUCCUGUACGGAUUCGAAUUGGGCUCCACUCUGGUCCCUGUGUAGCUGGAGUGGUUGGUCUUACAAUGCCUCGAUAUUGCCUCUUUGGUGACACAGUCAACACUGCUUCCCGCAUGGAAUCUACAGGACUGCCUUAUCGAGUCCACGUCAACCUUAGCACAGUAAACAUCUUGCAUUCUUUGCAGGAAGGAUACAAGGUAGACGUAAGGGGCAAAACUGAACUCAAGGGUAAAGGUGUGGAAGACACCUACUGGUUAGUUGGAAGAGAAGGAUUCAAUAAACCACUCCCAAUACCCCCAGAUAUUAUACCUGGGGCCAGUAACCAUGGCAUUAGCUUGGAUGAAAUUCCAGAAAGCAGAAGGAAGAAAUUGGAAAAAACUCUCAGCAGAGAGACAAGUGAAAAAGGCAAAACUUAUAGAGAAUUCUGUUCACGUAUAACUGAACAUUAUGAUGAUAUUAAGGACUUUAAUAUCGAUAGCCCAGUAGCGAGACAAUUUGCACAAUGUCAUGGUUCUAAGAUUGAUAGCCUGAACUUUAUUGGCAUUGAAUCAGUGAAACUUAGUAGAAGGAGAGUAUGGCUUGUAUCACAUUUUGAAGAGUUUCAUCUUCUGCAGUAG